AUGGAUGGCUUCUUUUGUGGGAACGUCGGCGUUACCCGCACGUAUUUGGGUGAGUUAGUAGACGAAACGAAUGAGGCCAAGGCAUUUGGUACCUUGUCCUUAACCUUCUCCGUCGGUCUUGUCCUUGGCCCAUUUUUGGGAGGCAAUCUCUCCAAUCCUGCGGAUUGGGCCCCACACAUUUUUCGAAAUACAAUUUUCGACCAGUGUCCAUAUCUCCUGGGGAAUAUUUUGUAUAGUUGCGUUUCCCUGUUUGCCUUGUUACUCGGUGCUGUGAGUUUGGAGGAGACUUGGCGUCCUGGCUCCGGCGCCUUGGCGAGUGAAGGAUCAAUUUUGCAGAGCAGCUCGCGGCAGUCAUCCCCGUGGUCGACCCGAGUUCUCCAGCUACUUGCAGCAUCUGGCCUCAUGUACGGGUACGUGGCUGCCAGGAUCAACGCUUUCGUGCUGGUUGCCUCCCUGCCGCCCAGCAUGCACGGGCUGAAUUUCUCUCCUCAGCAGUUUGGCUACAUCCAGGCCUGCUCCGCAGUGUCGAUCAUCGUCGUCCAGACGCUGCUAUAUCAACCGUUGGUGAGGAGGUUUGGGCCCCGCAGGAUGCUCGCACUGGGCCUUACGUGGACUAUUGCCCUUACGCUCCCGUUUCCGCUGUACGGCAUGGCUGUUAACAGCGGAAGUUUCUGGAGGCUGGUGCCAUGUGGAGCGUGGCAGGCCCUCAGCCAACUCGGCUUCUCUCCAGCGUUUCCCUCCCUGGCCAUCCUCGUCAACAGGGCCUGCACAUCGCGGCACCGUGGCGCAAUCAACGGCUGGUGCAACUCUCUGAACGCUUUCUUCCGGGGCGUGUGCCCGAUGCUCGCUGGAGGGUUGUUCAGCUUUGGCUGCUACCUCGAGCCUGCUGUCUCCGGCGGGCGGUACGUCGUCUUCUACGCCAACAUGAUGCUCGCGGUGGCGAGCAUUUGUUUGGUUCAGUACGGCUACGAUGCAGGGAAUACUCGGCCACACGUGUCUUGCAGCGCUGUGGAUUCGUGCGAGUUGCGCGGAGACACGGGUAUCGACGGCUGA